UGUCACAAUUGUCACACUUGUAAAAGUGGCGGAGAUAGUAUUUUUCUGUUGUUGUAUUUCACAAAUGAUUUCGAAAGCAAAAUUACAAACAUCUUGAAAUGUUCUCAUUUAUGCAUAUCAAUCCAUUUUUUUUGUCCUUCGUGAAUCUUUGUCUUUAAUCAUUUUUAAAAUCCACAUUAUCGUCACAUUCAUCACUAUCAAGAAAAUAAACAGCCCGAAAAUGGCGGACGAGGAGCAGCAAGUACGUCAGCUGGAGGUACUUUGCACGCAUCUAUACGAAGCCACAGAUGCCGUUCAAAGAGCAGAGGCAGAAAAGACCCUAGUUCAGUUUCAAAAUGCUCCAGACACCCUCAAUAAAUGUCAGCUUCUCCUGCAGAGGGGAGAUUCUCCGUAUUCCCAGCUUCUGGCAGCAACCACCCUGACUAAACUGGUGACAAGAAAUUCACAGUCUAUAUCCAUGCACCAGCGAGUUGAUAUGAGGAACUACAUCCUGAACUACCUGGCGACGCGGCCAAAGAUGGAGCCGUUCGUGGUGCAGGCCAUGGUGACGCUGUUCGGCAGGCUCACCAAGCUCGGCUGGUUCGACGCCACCAAGGACGACUUCGUCUUCCGCAACGUCAUCGAGGACGUCUCCGUGUUCCUGCAGGGCUCCGUGCAGCACUGCAUGAUCGGCGUCCAGCUGCUCUCCCAGCUGACGGUGGAGAUGAACACGCUGACCGAGACCGACGCCAUCCGCUCGCUCAACAGGCACCGCAAGACGGCCGCCUCGUUCCGCGACACCAGUCUCUACGAGGUGUUCCAGCUCAGCUGCACGCUGCUCCGCACCGCCCUCGAGAACUGCAAAAACCUCGACUUCAGCGACGAGUCGCAGCACGGUCUGAUGACCCAGCUGCUGCGGCUCUCGCAGAACUGUCUGAUGUUUGACUUCAUCGGCACCUCUACCGACGAGUCGUCAGACGACCUGUGCACCGUGCAGAUCCCCACCGCGUGGCGGCCCGCCUUCCUGGACGCCGCCACGCUCAAGCUGUUCUUUGACCUGUAUGCCUCGCUGCCCUACUCCCUCUCCUCGCUGGCGUUAUCGUGUCUAGUGCAGAUCGCCUCCGUUCGGCGGUCAUUAUUCAACAACCAGGAGCGGGCCAAGUUCCUCAACCACCUCGUACAGGGCGUCAAGAACGUGCUACAAAAUCCCCAGGGCCUGACUGACGCCAACAACUACCACGAGUUCUGCCGGCUGCUGGCGCGGCUCAAAUCCAACUAUCAGCUGGGCGAGCUGGUCAUGGUCGACAACUACCCGGACGUCAUACGGCUGGUGGCCAAGUUCACAGUGGAGAGCUUACAGAUGUGGCAAUUUGCGCCAAACAGCGUCCACUACCUGCUGAGCCUGUGGCAGCGCAUGGUGGCCUCGGUGCCGUACGUCAAGGCAUCGGAGCCGCACCUGCUGGAGACCUACACACCAGAGGUCACCAAGGCCUACAUCACGUCCAGGCUCGAGGCCGCCGCCGUCGUCGUCAGGGACGGCCUGGAGGACCCGCUGGACGACCUGGGCAUGGUGCAGCAGCAGCUGGACCAGAUCAGCACCAUCGCACGCUGCGAGUACAAGAAGACGUGCCGCCUGCUGGUCAGUCUGUUCGACGAGACGGCGCAGGCCUACCAGCAGGCGCUCAACGUCAACAACCGGCUGGAGAGUGCCAUCAAGGAAGCUCAGCUAACCCGGCUGGUUUACAUAAUUGGCUCGGCGGUCGGCGGCCGGGUCAGUUUCAACACAAACGAUGAGCACGACAGCAUGGACGGAGAGCUCAUCUGCAGGGUACUCCAGUUGAUGAACCUGACCGACUCGAGGCUGAACCAGGGCGGCUGCGAGAAACUCGAGCUGGCCACCAUCAGCUUCUUCGAGCAGUUCAGGAAGAUCUACGUCGGCGAUCAGGUACAAAAGACGGCCAAGGUGUAUAGUCGUCUCUCCGAGGUUCUCGGUCUCAGUGAUGAGGCCACGGUGCUUAGUGUUUUUAUGCGUAAAAUAAUCACGAAUCUGAAAUUCUGGGGCGGCAGCGAGCAGAUAACCACUCGCACUCUGAUGCUGCUCAACGAUCUGUCGGUGGGCUACAGCAGCGUGCGGAAGCUAGUCAAACUGGAGGAGGUGCAGUUCCUGCUCAACAACCACACGAGCGACCACUUUCCGUUCCUGGGCGCCGGCGUGGCGGUGAAGGAGAUGAAGUGUCGCACCAUGUUCUACACGUCGCUGGGCCGGCUGCUGAUGGUCGAACUGGGUGAGGACGACGCCAAGUUCCAGGCGUUCAUGGAGCCGCUGACGGCCGCCUUCGACGCCAUCGGCACACUCAUGGCCAGCGAGGCCAACAUGUUCCAGGGCGAGGAGACCAAGAAGGCGCUGAUCGGACUGGCGCGCGACCUGCGCGGCCUCGUGUUCGCCUUCAACACCAAGGCGUCCUACAUGAUGCUGUUCGACUGGAUCUACCCGUCGUACACGCCGAUCCUCCAGCGCGCCGUGGAGCUGUGGUUCACGGAGCCGCAGCUGACCACGCCCGUGCUGAAGCUGUUCGCCGAGCUGGUGCAGAACCGGUCACAGCGACUGCAGUUCGACGUCAGCUCGCCCAACGGCAUCCUGCUCUUCCGCGAGAUGAGCAAGCUGCUCUGCACGUACGGCGAGCGGAUACUGACAAUUCCCGACCUCUCCAAGGACCAAGUGUACCCGAUGCGGCUCAAGGGCAUCUGCAUCUGCUUCUCGAUGCUCAAGUCGGCGUUGUGCGGCAACUACGUCAACUUCGGCGGGUUCCGGUUGUACGGUGACGAGACGCUGGACAACGCGCUGCGGACGUUUGUCAAACUGCUCCUCUCGGUGCCGCACAGUGAUCUCCUGGACUACCCGAAGCUGUCUCAGUCGUACUACGUGCUGCUCGAGUGUCUGUGCCAGGACCACAUGGCGUUCCUCUCGUCGCUGGAGCCGCAGGUGUUCCUCUACAUUUUCGCCUCGAUCUCAGAAGGACUGCAGGCGUUAGAUACGAUGGUGUGUACCGGCUGCUGCGCCACACUCGACCACAUCGUCACAUUCACAUUCAAACAGCUCGCGCAAAAAGGCAAGAAGAAGCCGGUGCACAACCCUUCCGGGGAGGCGAUCCUGCAGAUCCUGGAGCGGCAGCCGGAGAUCCUGCAGCAGCUGCUGGCCACCGUGCUCAACAUCAUCAUGUACGAGGACUGCCGGAACCAGUGGUCCAUGUCGCGGCCACUGCUCGGCCUCAUCCUGCUCAACGCCGAGUACUUUGGCGGCCUGCGCGAACAGAUGGUGCUCAGCCACCCGCCGGAGCGGCAGCCGGCCAUCCGGGCGGCGUUCGACUCACUCAUGGACGGCAUCGAGAGCAACCUGCUCACCAAGAACCGGGACAGGUUUACUCAGAACCUGACCACGUUUCGGCGAGACGUGAACGACCCCUCCAAGAACCCGGGCGGCGGCGGCGGCGGCGGGGGCGGCGGUGGUCAGGACGCGGCCAUGAUGACGUAGCGCCGCCGGUCGUGCUCGGCGGAGGCACGCCGGCGCGCGCCACCCCCUCAGAGGCUGACCAUGUCUUUCCAGGCGGAGCGCGCCGCCCGCCCGCCGCUCGCCGCCCGAUACCUGUGGCUGCCGCACUAGCGGCGUCCAGAGGCGGGCGCGCGCGUGCUGCAUUUGUACCGAGCUCCCGGGCCGGGCCGGGCCGGGCCGCGGGGCAGGCCGGCCGGCCCGUCUGUCGCUGCCCCACUGAUGGUGAAUUGAUCGUCUCAGAGUAUAAAUACAUGUCAUGUGUCUUAGAGA